AUGGCUGGUCGUCGCUCUGGCCGUGCUGCCGCUAGGCGCGCAGCUGCAGCUCUUGAGAGCACCCCGAAGACAUGGCAAGCUCUUGAUGACGACGAUGAGCCCAUGCCCGAUGCGGAGCCCGAUACAAAGGACCAACCCGAGCCUGAGGAAGAGGCCAAAGACGAAGACGCCGAGGACGAGGCCGAGGAAGAAGCUGGCGAAGAAGAAGAGUCUGCAAAAUCUCCCACUCCACCUCCGGAGCCAGUCAUCCGAAGAAAGCGCCUCGGCCGCCCUCCCAAGAACAAGCCUCCCGACUGGGAUUUAGGCAUCGAGACUCCAGCUCGCGAUUCCGACGCUACUCCGCGCAAACGUGGUCGAGGUGGUUGGCGCGGUCGCGGCGGUCGCAAAGGUGCACCUGCCCCAGUCACACAACAGCAAAUCGACAAGGACGGCAACAUGAUGGAUAUCAUCAACGACGAGGUCGAUCUUCCCGAGGAUCCUGAAGGUGAGACCAAGGUGGACAAGCUUGGCAACCUUCUGGGCGAUCGCGAGUAUCGAUGCCGUACAUUCACAGUCCUCGGUCGCGGAGACCGCCUCUACAUGUUGUCUACCGAGCCUGCCCGUUGCGUCGGAUUCCGAGAUUCGUACUUGUUCUUCACCAAGCACCGCAAGCUCUGCAAGAUCAUCAUCGACGAUGACGAGAAGCGCGACAUGAUCGAGCGCGAGAUCAUUCCUCACUCCUACAAAGGCCGUUCCAUCGGUAUCGUCACUGCGCGAUCAGUUUUCCGUGAGUUUGGCGCCCUCAUCGUCGUUGGCGGACGUCGCAUCAUCGACGACUACGAUAUCGCACGUGCCAAGGAGGAAGGUGCCGUGGAGGGCGAGCUCGCCGAUCCGAACGACAAAUUCAUACCUGGCGAGCCCUACAACAAGAACCAGUAUGUCGCCUGGCAUGGCGCCAGUGCUGUCUACCACACCAGUGCCCCAGCAGUCCCCGCGCAAACCGGAAAGGUCGAUGUCAAGAAACGCCGAGUUGCGGUGAAUGACGUGAACUGGCAGUUGGAGCAUGCUCGUGAGGCAUCUCUGUUCAACUCGCAGAUCAACGCCAUCCGCCGUCAAAACCAGAAUGGCGUUUAUGACAUUCACACAAAUACCAUGCAGUACCCGGCCAACAUGCAACCAACCCAUGCUCAGAUCGUGCAGGUCCCGCCUGCUGAUCCAGAUUCUGCAGAGGAGCCGUCUUCACAAGUCUUCCCUCAGCUGAAGCCCAGCGUUGCGCGUAACUUCAUGGUCACCGACACAUAUCUUAAGACUCCACCUACAGGCAUUGCCCCUGCGACCUUCGAGGGCCCCGAUGUGGCUAUUGCUGCCGAGAACAACGCGAUGGCUGGUGACUUCUUGGCGCCGUUCCGCGGUCUGUCCGCUAUCAGCGAGGAGAUCAAGAACGAGCUGCCCCCUGAGUGCCGCAAAGCCUUCGACGAGGCUCUUGCACAGGAGAAAGCUUGGCAUAAGAAAUGGGGUACCGAGACAGAGGCCAAGUCUAGGCGCACGCCUACGAUCGAUAAGGCAAUUGUUCCGUACUCUAUGAUGCAGUAA